GUCUUUGACUAUGACUUUGGAUUUCAAGAUGACUUCAUUGGUUCAGCAUUUUUGGAUCUCACUUCCUUGGAAUUAAACAGGCAAACAGAUGUUACCUUGAGUCUGAAGGAUCCUCAUUACCCCGACCAUGAUCUGGGAAGUAUAUUGUUAGCAGUUCGGUUGGCUCCUAGAGAUGAACAGCAAGACAUGACAAUGCUAAUGAGGAAGAGUUGGAAAAGAUCAAGCAAAUUCAGUACCCAGAGCUUACGUCUCUCAGACCUGCACAGAAAAUCUCAGCUGUGGAGAGGAAUAGUUAGUGUAACUCUAAUAGAAGGUCGUGAACUCAAGGCGAUGGAUGCAAAUGGACUAAGUGAUCCUUACGUGAAGUUCCGGUUGGGGCACCAGAAGUACAAGAGCAAGAUCAUGCCAAAAACUUUGAAUCCUCAGUGGAGGGAGCAGUUUGACUUUCAUCUCUAUGAAGAACGAGGUGGAAUUAUUGAUAUUACCGUGUGGGACAAGGAUGCUGGCAAAAAGGAUGAUUUUAUUGGCAGGUGCCAGAUUGACCUGUCAACCCUGAGUAAGGAACAAACCCACAAGCUGGAGUUGCCGCUGGAGGAGGGAGAGGGACGCCUCAUGUUGCUGGUCACUCUCACAGCCUCUACUGCGGUCUCUAUCUCCGAGCUCUCUGCCAACUCCCUGGAGGACCAGAAGGAGCGAGAGGAGAUACUAAAGAGAUAUAGUCUAAUGGCAAUGUUCCGGGACAUAGCAGAUGUGGGAUUUCUUCAGGUGAAGGUCAUCAGGGCAGAAGCAUUGAUGGCAGCUGAUGUCACAGGUAAAAGUGACCCGUUUUGUGUAGUUGAAUUGAACAAUGACAGACUGCUGACACAUACCAUCUACAAGAACCUCAACCCAGAAUGGAACAAAGUCUUCACAUUCAAUAUUAAAGACAUCCACUCGGUGCUUGAAGUGACAGUUUAUGACGAAGACCGCGAUCGGAGUGCUGACUUUCUAGGCAAAGUUGCUAUACCAUUGCUGUCUAUUCAAAAUGGUGAACAGAAAGCCUACGUCUUGAAAAACAAGGAGCUGACAGGGCCAACAAAGGGGGUCAUCUAUCUUGAAAUAGAUGUGAUUUUUAAUGCUGUGAAAGCCAGCAUACAAACCUUAAAGCCCAAAGAAGAGAAGUACAUCGAAGAGGAAGACAGACUGUCUAAACAGAUAGUGUUAAGGAACAUUGUCCGGUUGAAGCGUUUUGUCACAGCAUUCGUAAAUGUCUCCGACUACAUUAGCAGUUGCUUUGAUUGGGAUUCUCCCCCAAGAAGUCUUGCUGCUUUUGUGCUUUUUCUUUUUGUGGUCUGGAACUUUGAGCUCUACAUGAUACCACUGGCUUUGUUGUUGCUGCUGGCAUGGAACUACUUCUUGAUCGUAUUGGGGAAAGAUAACAGGCAACAUGUUACGGUAGUGGAGGACGUGGUAGAGGACGAGGAAGAAGAGGAUGACAGAGAUGACAAG